CUGCACGCGUCAUUUUUCGGCAAGGCAGCCUCACGCCCGCGUCGGUACGUCACCGGGGGUAGUUUUUUGUUUGUCGCUCCUUUCUUCGCGUUAAGCGGUGGUCCCCGACGCAGUAGAGCGUCCGGGCUCGUCGUCGACGCCCUGUAUAUGCCCGGACCGAACGCGGACCCGACGACCUUCGUCGAAAACGGCGGGUUUCGUUCUCGUUUUCAACGCGGCGCGGGGUAGAGGGGCGACAACGUCUUCGCUGGUGUUUUUCGAUAGUGCCCCCGAGUGGUCGCCGCGACGAACCUCAUUAACCCGUUAAUCUUAUCGCGUUAACCCGCCGCUCGGGUGCGCGACACAGAACUCUCCAGAAAGACGGACCGCUAUGAAGGAGGCGGCCACCGAUCAGUCUUGGCUUAACCGCGUCUCCGACCUGCAGCCAAUUCGUUGGCCGCCGUGCUCGUAACGCUCCGUAUAUAUGUGCGUCCGUAUCGCGUAUUUAUUUUGUCGCAUUUUGGUGCCCGCUCAAAAUGCUAAACUGCACGGACUUGGAGUGCAUACUGCACCACCACCACUAUUACGCGCACCUGCACCACCUGAAGCAUGGCACUCACGUCGACGAAGUCAUGUCCUCCGACGGCGAGGGGUACAGCGAUGACUCCCUGCAGGGCAUCCUUAAUGACACCGAUUCCGACGUGUCGGACUACUCCCAUCUCGAUGCCCCCAACGAGAGUUUGUACAUGAUAGGGGGCGUGUGCGUCGCCAUGUUCUUCGUCGGCGUCAUCAUCGUCCUCCUGGCCGUCACUAUCAGCAAGCUCCGUAAACGCGAGGAGCACAGCAAUUCCGUUCAUCCGGUCGGCGAGCCGGCCACCACCGUGGUCCUCCAGGCAACUGCAACGGUUACCCCGAACGGAACCGCGGCUGUGGUGCCGCCGCCGCCGCCUCCCGCUAACAAUAACUCCGCCGCCGUCGUCGUCGCCCAGAACAACGACCCUCUGGCCUAUCGAGGCAUGUUCCUGUGGCAGUUCCCGCCGCCGCCGCCCCAGACCCAGUACUUGUACAACAACGAACAGAACAAUAUUGUGCAAAAAGCGGUGGCGGAACGUCCCGGAUUCGUCCGGGGAUUCAGAAAGAACCUGGGCGGACGCUGGAGGAGGCUGGUGAAGAGGAAGGCGCCCGCGGACGUGUACACGAUCCCCGCGGAACUGAAGCCUCAGCUGAAGCAGAUCUACGUCUACUGAAGCCGGGACCGCGUGUCUUUAUCGGCGCCAUUGAGACUGACUUAUUGUUAAUUUUGUAUAGAAGCCGACGCGGCGGAGUUUGUACGUUUAGGUUUUUGAGACUCAGUGAUUUUGGUUUGUAGUCUCGGUCGAGCGGUAUUUUGGCUCACAUUGAGCCCCACAACCUUAUACGGUCGACGUUGUUCGUUUUCGGCGCAGUCUCCGCAAACCUAGUCAAAUUAAAAUGUUGAAAACGACAAGAGUAGGAACACCUCUUUCUUUCCAGUAUUACGAUUUAUUAUGUAACGUUGAACUUAUUGAUUACUUCCGAUUUGAUUUAUAAUAAUAAUAAACGCAACAACUUUCUCGGCGGAGUCCGUCGAAAUUGGUUUUUUGUCGGAGAUGACCACUCCCGCUCCUGGAGCCCGAUUCGGACGAUUAGUGUUGUCGCGACAAUCAUUUUACUAAGCAAUAUUAACGUGUACAUAGUGUCCUGUAAUAUAUUGUUAUUUUUGAAUA